AUGGCCGAUUCUCCAAACCCACACAGCGACGAGCAUGCCGCCAGAGUGAUUUCAGACCAUCUUCCUUCUGGUUAUACGGCUGGCUUGGUCGAUGGAGAUCUCGAGAACAAUGAUCCAAUCGCUGAUCGAACAGGGCAGGAACCCGAGUCCUCACUCACACUGCUGGGUGGCGACGUGCACAGGGAUCUGUACAAGAUUCACAGCAGAGCCAAGCUGCAUCAACGAGCGGCCACUUUCUCUCACCCGACCACUUCGUCGACCGAUCUCCAGAGUGAUCUGACGGCGACCGAGCAGCGUGCGCCAGGAGGCUUCCGGCGAGGUUUUGUUCAACAAAAAUAUGGCCGCUUCAAUCCUGCAGUCAUUCCAGUCACUCGCAAUUUCGUCGAGUUCCUGUCCCUUUAUGGGAGUUUUGCUGGUGAAGAUCUAGAGGACUCGGAAGACGAGUCCUCGAUUGAUGACCAAGAAGCGGACGGCAGAGCCGCAGGCGAACGACGACCACUUCUUGGACGACGGCGAUCUACGAGGCACACUAAACCUGGGGACGCUGGUAGAGUCAAGACAUUCUUUACCCUGCUCAAGGCUUUCAUUGGAACUGGCAUCAUGUUUCUCCCAAAGGCUUUCAAUAAUGGUGGUAUUCUCUUCUCCUCUAUGGCCCUGCUCAGUGUUUCGGUUGUCACCACUGUUGCUUUCCAUCUCCUUCUGAAAUGCCGCAAACUAUAUGGAAAGUCGGGUUAUGGAGAGCUUGGGGAGGCCAUCGGCGGUCCGAAGAUGAGAAGCGUCAUAUUGGGUUCUGUCACAGUGUCACAGCUUGGAUUUGUGUGUGCAGGAACUGUGUUUGUGGCACAAAACCUUCAUUCAUUUACGGUGGCAGUUUCGAAUGGCCACAGUCCCGUGUCAACGAAUAUCCUAAUUGCACUGCAACUUUUGGUCCUGAUCCCACUAGCUUUUAUUCGAAAUAUCUCAAAAUUAGGACCCAGUGCCCUAAUAGCUGACGUCUUUAUCCUUCUCGGGCUCGGUUACAUCUACUACUACGAUAUUGCAACCAUCUCUAGCCAAGGACUUCACCCCAGCAUUCAGCUCUUUAAUCCUGACCAAUUUACAUUGACCAUCGGAGCUGCGAUCUUCACUUUUGAAGGCAUAGGGCUCAUUCUCCCCAUUCAAUCAUCGAUGAAAGAGCCAGACAAAUUUGAGCCCCUUCUCUGGUUAAUCAUGCUCAUAAUUACCAUCAUCUUUACUUCGGUCGGAGCUCUAUGUUAUGCCACGUUUGGAUCAGCCACCCAGAUCGAGGUCAUUGCCAAUUUCCCUCAAGAAAGCAAGCUCGUCAACGCAGUACAGUUUCUUUACUCGCUCGCCGUAUUGGUGGGUACUCCGGUCCAGCUUUUUCCACCAGUGCGUAUUUUAGAAGGCAAGAUAUUCGGCCGCCGCUCCGGAAAGAGGGACGCCCUAACAAAGUGGAAGAAAAAUGGAUUUAGGUCGUUGCUGGUGGUUCUCUGCAUUUUAGUCUCCAUCCUCGGAGCCAACAACUUGGAUAGGUUUGUGGCGUUGAUUGGCUCAUUUGCUUGCGUACCGCUCGUCUAUAUUUAUCCCCCACUCCUGCAUUACAAAGGCGUCGCAGAGUCAAAGUGGGCAAAGAUCGGGGAUAUUGCACUGAUCAUUCUCGGCCUUGUGUGCAUGAUCUACACCACGUGUGUUACCGUUGUCAACUCUUUCCUGUAA